GAGGACCCCGCCCGCGCCGCCGCCGCUCCCGGCGCUGGGCGGUCAUUGGGCGGCGUGAUCUCGCCGCGGUUCCGCGGCCCUGCCGCCGCCGCCGCCGCCGCCAGCAGAGCGCACCGGACCGAUCGGGCGAGUGGCCAUGGCGGGCGCCGAGGACGGGCCGGGCCAGCAGCUGGAGCUGGACGAGGACGAGGCGUCCUGUUGCCGCUGGGGCGCGCAGCACGCCGGGGCCCGCGAGCUGGCUGCGCUCUACUCGCCAGGCAAGCGCCUCCAGGAGUGGUGCUCUGUGAUCCUGUGCUUCAGCCUCAUCGCUCACAACCUGGUCCACCUCCUGCUGCUGGCCCGCUGGGAGCACACGCCCCUCGUCAUACUCGGUGUUGUUGCAGGGGCUCUCAUUGCUGACUUCUUGUCUGGCCUGGUACACUGGGGUGCUGACACAUGGGGCUCUGUGGAGCUGCCCAUUGUGGGGAAGGCUUUCAUCCGACCCUUCCGGGAGCACCACAUUGACCCGACAGCUAUCACACGACACGACUUCAUCGAGACCAACGGGGACAACUGCCUGGUGACGCUGCUGCCACUGCUAAACAUGGCCUACAAGUUCCGCACCCACAGCCCUGAAGCCCUGGAGCAGCUAUACCCCUGGGAGUGCUUCGUCUUCUGCCUGAUCAUCUUUGGCACCUUCACCAACCAGAUCCAUAAGUGGUCACACACGUACUUUGGGCUGCCACGCUGGGUCACCCUCCUGCAGGACUGGCAUGUCAUCCUGCCACGUAAACACCAUCGCAUCCACCACGUCUCACCCCACGAGACCUACUUCUGCAUCACCACAGGUGCGGCCACCAGUGGCGUGGAAUGGGCUUUCCCCAUCCCAGCCACUGCACCAUCUUCGAGGUCAGGAGGGCAGAGAUCACAGCGGGAGGUCACACAGUCCUUGCCCUCUGGGAACAGUCUCUCAGAUCAUGCAUUUAUUGAGCACCUACUGUGUGCCAGGCACUAUUCUAGGUGCUGAGGACACAGUAAAUGUGACAGACAAAGCCCUCUCCCCCGACUUCAUGGCAUUGUGAUUCCAGCCACCCAUCAUCUCGUAUUUAUUGAGCACCUACAACAUGCCACGGUGCUUUGGGCGUAGGCUUCUGCAGCAAACAAAAUAGCAUGAAUCGGCUGGGCGCAGUAGCUCAUGCCUGGAAUCCCAGCACUUUGGAAGGCCGAGGCGGGUGGAUCACUUGAGGUCAGGAGUUGGAGACCAGCCUGGCCAACAUGGUGAAACCCCAUCUCUACUAAAAAUAAAAAUAAAAAAAUUAGUCGGGUAUGGUGGCGGGCACCUGUAAUCCCAGCUACUUGGGAGGCUGAGGCAAGAGAAUUGCUUGAACCUGGGAGGCGGAGGUUGCAGUAAGCUGAAAUCGCACCACUGCACUCCAGCCUAGGUGACAGAGACUGUCUCAAAAAAAAAAAAAAAGAACAUGGAUCUUUGCCCUUGUGGCACUCACCGUCUGGUGAGGGAGCUGGAACAAAUGAAUAAAAUGUGUAGUGUGGCUAAUGGUGCUAACUGCUAUGGAGGAAAAUAAAGCAGGAGUGGGAGAAGGAAGUGGGGGGCUUUGCCUCUUAAAUGGGGUGGUCAGGAAAGGUGACACUUGAACAAAGACCCCGAGGAGCUGUGGAACAAAACCGUGCAGAUCUCUGUGGGAGGCACUCUAGGCAGCAGGAACAGUAGGUGCGAAGGCCCUGAGGCUGGCCUUUGCUUGCUUGGUGUGUUUCCGGAAUGGCAAAGAAGCUCCUGACUGGAGUUGAGGCAGAGCAAUGGAAGAGGGAGGAGAGAAGGGGGCAGAGCAAUGGAAGAGGGAGGAGAGAAGUGUGGGAGGGCCCUGAAGAUAGAUGAGCACAGAUUAGAGCAAAGGUAACAGGAAGCAGCAGGCCAGAGGCAGGAACGUGCCCGGUGCAGUGGAGGAAGGGAAAGGAGGCCCAUGUGCCAUGCUCAGUUAGCAGCCAGUGCGAAAGAGGUGAGGUGAACUGGGAGUUUCUCUGGAGCCAGCUGGGCUGCUUUCAAGGUUAAGUGUAUCAGGUGCUGUCAAGUUGGGCCACCUCAGGCCUAACUCUCAGCUUCUCCACAUAUGCCUUUAGGAAACUCACAAACCUCCCUGGGGACCACUUUUCUCCUCACAAAAUAGGGCUGCAGCCCCCUCCUUCAUAUCUCACCUUCUUAGGGCUAUAGUGGGAAUGGCAAAUGCAGUGUUUGGCAUAUAGUAGGUACUUGAUAAAUUACAGCUACUAUUUUUCUUUUAAGUCUUUCUGGAAACAGAACUGAGAACCACAAAAAAAAUACUUUUUUAUGUCCUCUACUUGUGCUCCUUGGAGGGCAGGCGGAGGGAUUAGAAUUCAGGCUAUUUAGGAGAUGGGUUAACUACUUAGGCAGGGCUGGGUUCCAAUCCUGGUUUGGCCACCUGCUAAUUGGGAAACGCUUCUCUAAGCCUCAGUGUGCUCAUGUGGAAAAUGGGACUGAUAUUAGUAUCUACCUCAUGGUGAGCUGGAAGGCUGUAAGAUUGUGAGUAAUAUUUAUUCAGCACCUACUCUGCGCCUGGCUGUAUUCUAAGCACUGAGGAUCAGCAGUGAAAGAACAUGGUGUUUUGCAUUUUGGGGAUGAUGUUCCAGUUGGGGAUUGGGGGGUAAACAAACACAGAACAGGAAAGUAGAGAAUUAACGAAGACGGUUACAGGUUAUCAUAAAGGCUAUAAAGAAAUGAAAGAGGGUGGCCUGUCAUGGUGGUUCACGCCUGUAAUCCCAGCACUUUAGGAGGCCAAAGCGAGAGGAUUGCUUGAGCCCAGGAGUUCAAGACCAGCCUAUAUAAGACAAGACCCCAUCUGCAUUAAAAAAAUUAUAAAUAGAGCCAGACGCAGUGGCUCAUGCCUGUAAUCCCAGCACUUUGGGAGGCCGAGGCGGGCGAAUCACGAGGUCAAGAGAUUGAGACCAUCCUGGCCAACAUGGUGAAACCCAGUCUCUACUAAAAAUACAAAAAUUAGCUGGGCAUGGUGGUGUGCACCUGUAGUCUCAGUCACACUGAGGCAGGAGGGUCGCAUGAACCCGGGAGGUGGAGGUUGCAGUGAGCCGAGAUCGCCCCACUGCACUCCAGCCUGGCCACAGAGUGAGACUCUGUCUCAAAAUGAAUGAAUGAAUGAAUGAAUGAAUGAAUGAAUAAAUAAAUAAAUAAAUAAAUAAAUAAAUAAAGGGUAAUGUGAGAAACCUGGGGUGCUGCUUAAGUGGAUGAUCAGGGAAGGCUUCCUGGCAGAGGUAGCGUUUGAGCUGAGUGAUAAGGCCACCACAGUGCCUGGUAUAUAGUAAGUGCUCAAAUAUAAGUAAGUGCCUGGUAUGUAGUAAGAAAGUAGAUGAAUAUGGGGGUUGGAGGCCUGAGUGGCCCCAGGCCCAUUGGUGGGAGGCCCCCACUUCCAGUUCCUUGGCCGGUCCCUGUGUCCUAUCCUGUACUGACUCACUCCUCAUUGGGCCCCUCCAGCCCAGUGAAGGUCAGCUCUCUCCCAGUAUCCCCUUGACUACUCUCUCCCAUUCAACCUCCCACUGCCAUUUCUACUGCAGGCUGGCUCAACUACCCUCUGGAGAAGAUAGGCUUCUGGCGACGCCUGGAGGACCUCAUCCAGGGCCUGACGGGCGAGAAGCCUCGGGCAGAUGACAUGAAAUGGGCCCAGAAGAUCAAAUAACUUCUCCGAGCCUGCUACCUGGUUGCCAACCUUCCCUAGCCCCCAAACCGAAGCCAUCUGCCAAAUUCCAGCCUCUUUGAGCUGGCCCCUCCAGAUGGAGAGGACAUCUCCUGGGCUGGGCCCAGGUACCCCCAGCCCACCCCUCAUGACACAGAAUACUUGAGCCUCUGAUUUUUCAUUUCCUUUUUUUGUUUUUUUUUUUUUUUCCUCGGCCCCUCCUCAGCCACCUGAGCUGCUCUGUCUGCAAGCCUGACUCUGCCAGCCUCCCCUGGUAGAGAGGAGGUUUACCCACUCCCUGCACGCCUGCCGUCCCUGCCCUGCUGGGCACCCCUUCAGUGUGGCUGGCAUUGGGGCCACUGAGUUGCCUCUUUCCCUUCUUGUCUGGCCCCAGUGGUCUGGGGAGCCCCCAGGCGCACCUAAGCAUCGCGGAGCAUUGUUCUGCCACGGCCCUGCAUACUGACCCCGGAAGGCUGGGCAGGUGGACAGCCCCAGCCACCACCUUCAGCCCAGCCUGUCCCCCAAGGAUGGUGAAGCUCAGCAGGGGUCUGAGGGUAGCUGGCCAGAAGAGGCUGGAACCUCCUGCUCAAGUCUAGACCCCUACUUCUCUGCUGCCCCCACCCUGCCAGAGCUGAUGUUUCCAAUACCAGGAUGUCUUCACAGGGCACAGCCCCUGCAGAGGGUCUUGGUCAUUUGGAAGAGGACACAGUAUCCCCUCUGGCCAGAGUAUGUCAGAGAAGGAAGAGUAGGGCUUUUUUGUUUUUGUUUUUGUUUUAAAGGUGCUUGCUUGUUUAAUGUAAAUAAUAGAAAGCCUUAAUAUCUUUUCUGUAACACGGAGUAAUAUUUUAAUGUCAUGUUUUGGAUGUACAUAAUAUAUUUAUAACAAAGCAGCAAGAGUCUACUUAA